GACAACUGAAAGGUGACACAUGUAACAUGAACUUAAACUUCAAGUGUUAAUGUCGCCACGCAACGAUCCUCCACGUCAGCACAAAGCGUAGCCGUGACGUCCUGAGCAGAGGGUGACGUCACACUCAUCUGUGUUUAUUAAUUUUCUCAGUUCAUGUGGAUGAACUCGAUGGGAGUCAAACCGUGUACAGCUCACAAAGUGACACUGCUCCCGGUGUCCGCGGGGUUCCAGUGCGAACACACUGUCAGUCCUGAGCUCUGACAGUCGGUGUCUUCUACCUACUUCUACUUCGACCUCAGCCGCCAUCACCCAGAGCAGAGCAGAUAUGACGAGGAGCCUCGGGGGGUUGUUGUUCAGAGGCGUCCACAGCCUCACCUCCAUCCCGGCCGGGAGGACCCAGCUCGGCCACCUGGCUUCUGGCGCCGCGGUCAGGACCGUGAUGACGCUGCCGUCGUUUCUUUCCCCCAAGCCCCGGGACUUCAGCCUGCCCAACUCCUCUUGGGGCUCAGAAAUGUUGAGGUUGCACGAGCAUUACAACAGCCAGUGUGAGGGGGAGAAUGAGGAAGGAGAGAAAGACGGAGGAGAGAAAGACGGAGGAGAGAAAGACGGAGGGUUUUGGCUGAGACUGCCAAGUUACAAUCGCUCCCUCAAGUAUGCUACAGGUGGAGUUUACCUCAGUAAGAUUGUCCAGGCAAAUGCUCGUCUUUUCACCCGUAACAUCCGAGAGCAGGGGGCAGGAUUUGAAUACGUUGUGUUUGUUAACAAAAAGGAGAAGAAGUGCGUGGGCAUUUUCCAGGCUGGACACCUUCUAGAGGGGCCACCAGGUUGUGUCCACGGGGGGGCGAUAGCCACUAUGAUUGAUACCGUGACAGGGACUCAUGCCAGUGUAGUGUCCAGACCUGUCAUGACCGCCAACCUCAACAUCAACUACCGCAGUCCCAUCCCACUUGGAAACACAGUGUUGAUUGAAUCCUCUCUGGAUUCCAGGGAAGGCAGGAAAAUGUUUAUUUCAUGUAAAGUCACCAGCGCUGACGGCUCGAAACUGCACACAGAAGCAACAGCACUGUUCCUGUCAGUCAAUUUCAGUCAUCUAUUGAAGGGAGGAUGACACGAAGCAGCAACACCUUCCCAAACCUCAACAGCAGUGUGAGAGAGAGACAGGAUGUGUGAGUGUAUUACUGAUUUGCACUGUUAUUGCAUUUGCCAGAUGAUUUAAUAUAUAACUUAUUUUUGAAGUUUUACUAAUCAUUUUUAUUGUUAUUACCUACUAGUAUGUACCUCUACUUGACCUCCACUGCCUCGUGUUGUUAUCAUAUCAUAUACCUCAUAUAUAUCAUAAAUAUUUGAAAUGUGUUGAUUCAACUAAAUGUUAUGUAUUAUUGCAUCUUGGUCUGUUGAGAGUGACAAUAGAUUAAAAAAUGUACUGUACCCAAAGCUUUUGUUUAUUCUAAUAAAGCCUUACCUUAGGGUUUUAUACAAAUCAGGUUUUUAUUUGUUUGUCAAAAAGGGAAAUUGCAGGUAAUACAUAUUGAAUUGUAUCCUGAUGAGAUUUAGUUUUUAAAAAACUGGGAUUGUUCCUCCGUCACAUGGAUAUCUUUACAUGAGUAUGAUAAAAACUUACAAAGAAACAUUUGAUAACACUCAUUUUCCAGUUUUAAUCAAAUAAAAAAAUAUUCAGUCAAUAACUGAAUGGUGUAAAGGGAAGUGGUAAACUGCUCAAGUAAAAAGAGUUAAGGUCACCAAACAGUGAAAAAGUCAAGCCAAUUUCAUGCAUUAGAAAAUCUGUGACCUUGUAGCAGCAUAUUUGUGGAAACAAUUUUGGGACAAACUUUUACAUCAUGUUUCAUUUAUAUUUUUACAAGAACGUUAUAAGUUGUUUUUUUUGCUUCAACUUCACACUGAGAUUUUAGCUAACUGUAACAUAAGUACAUUACAUGUCCAUGAAAUGUACUUUUUUUUAUCAUACUACAUAAUACAAGGUACUACAUCAUGUUGUUCAUCAGAUGGUUUGCUUCACACAGUCUGACACAGAAAUGACUGAAGUGUUCCAUAAUAAGUAACACUGUCCACAUCACAGAGAUCUGUGCUGCUCUGGCAGCUACUGUAGACCACAGUGUUAAAAAAAGUGCGCCUGUCACAGACACCUGGAAACAUACAGAGCUCCAACUUCUUUUUACCACUCCAACUUUAUUUUACACACGACUAUGACACAUCUGAAUGUGACUUAUGUUGAUUUCUCCACCAACAUUUUUCUGUUUUUUGUGUAACAAAUUCUGUUUGCAUUGUGCUUGACAUGUUGUCAGAAGGAAUAAAUAAACCUCACAGAUUUGUACAACUGGCUACACAGCCAUUCAUCAAACAAUAAAAUGAUAUAAAAUUGAAAA